UAAGCUAACCGGUGUGUUAGCACAUUCAAUGGGCUGUAAACUACGUUAUACUAUGGCAUGAGAUGAAACAGGAGCCAGUUCUCACCUCACAUUGUGUUGAUGCCAAAAUGAAAGUUCACGUUCGCUAGCGUAGUUCCAACGGGAAUUGGGCGUGAAUGCUUGUGCAACCUCAGGCUUUCUCGUCUCCUCCCGCUGCAUCUGAAGUUACUGAGCACAGCCCUGGAUGUGGUAGUUGUUAGCUGGUAGCUCCAUCCCGCACACCGAGCUUGUGGGUACAUGUCUACCUCUGAACCACCACAGCAGCAACCUAGGGGAAAGCUCGCAGUUCAUGUUUCGUCAGGAGGUCAGUGUGGCGUCUUUUAUUCCAUCUUGUUCGUAUCUUUCCCAACAAGAGAAGAGGAAUAUGUCUAGGUAUAACAUAUACAGCUUGUUAGACUGGGUCUAUGGCGGAGUGGACCCGAAGUUUGAGGGCAACGGGGGGCCCGAGUGUGCCGCCUUCAUCACGCCCCACCAGCGCGUCUGGGAGAGCCUCAUCAUCGUCCUCAUCUCUAUAGUGGAGGUCUAUGUGGCCCUAAAGAAAAUAAAAGUGUCCAAAGAGCUGCAAGUGCUUGGAAAGGACAGUAUUGGGACCAAGGAGGACAGUCUGGUGAAAAACCUGUUGCUGGUUGCCCUUUGCCUGACUUUUGGAGUGGAGGUUGGAUUUAAGUUCGCGACCAAGACGUUGAUAUAUCUGCUCAACCCAUGCCACGUCGUGACCAUGGUUCAGAUUUUCCUGCUGGCCUGCCCUCCGGGUAAAACAGCCAUGGUGGUAUUUAGGAUGCAGGUCCAUAUGCUGAAUGGCGCACUGCUGGCUCUGAUGUUCCCCGUCGUCAACACUCGCCUACUGCCGUUUGAAAAGGAGAUCUACUACAUCCAGCACUCCAUGCUCUACCUGGUGCCUCUGUAUCUUUUUAAAAACGGAGGUGUGUACAAGCCCGAGCCUCUGGGUGACAUGUGGUGGGCGCUCCUCUCCACCGGGGUCCUCUUCCUCUAUCACUUCAUCUUCCUGCAAAUCCUUGGUCUGGCUACCGAGGUAAACCUGAACAACAUGCUGUGCCCGGCCGUGUCCGACCCCUUUUACGGGCCUUGGUACCGCGUCUGGGCAACGGGCCAUCAGACCCUGCUGACCCUCAUCCACGGGAAAGUCCUCACACUGCUGUCUCAGCACACCGGCUCCGUGUGCCGAUACCUGUCGGACGCGCUGCGUCUGCGGAGCAAGAAGGUCGACUGAGGGGAAGGGGGUUGAACGACGACGAGGGAGACGCCAAACAACAGACUGACCUUUUCACUCUAAACAAAGUUUAUUCAGAACACCACGACAAUUUAUUGCAUCUUUUUAAGGAACAACGAUCCAUCUGUUUGUACCGAAGCACAUGAGGUUUUCAGGGAGAGCGCGUCAGUUUGUCAUUUUGUCAGCGGUGUUGUUGUCAUCCGUCACUGGGGCAGCACUCGCAUGGACAAACACGGCGCAACAUGUUUACUAGAUGGGCACAGUGGACGCACCAACCCUUUGGGAAUCCACUGAUGUAAGAGAAAAGAAAAAAAAAAAAUCCAACUCCAACUGAGUGGUCACACAUCGCUCAUACGCGAGGAAGGUAGACGCAAAGUUGCCAUUUUAUCCUAUAUUAAUUGCUGUACAUGUCGUUACUUGUUUUUUUGUUUUUUUUGGUUUUUUUUUUUAUGAUCACUCUUUGUGUUUUCCUUUUUGUUCCCUUCCUUCUGGCAGACAGGCUUGAAUACACGUUGAGAUUAAGUGGAGUGAGCGAGGAUCAAAGAUUCGUUUCUAAACGUUGGAUGAAUGAAUGUGAUAUUUUUUUUGCCAAAUUAUACUUUUUUUUUUUUUUUUCUUCUUGUAAAUAGGUAGACUUGAAAUCCAUGUCGUUGGUUGAAAAUGUUUUUGUUAGUCUCCCAGUGCUACCUGGAAUUCUUCCUCCUCUCUCCGCAGUGAUUUACCGGUCUGUUCCAGUGACAACUGGACGACCUGAGUGAUGUCACGCUGACACUCGGUGUCGAAGGAAAAUAUUAACUGAUGUUGAAUCUGUAAUAUGGGUGUAACAUUUCAAGUGUGAAGGAUGUUUGUGGAUUGAUGUAGCAUACUCUGUACUCUUGUAAAAAAAAAAAAAAAGAAAGGGACAAUUUUUAUUUUUAUUUUCAUCAGGUGAAGUGUAUAUGCUGUGUUGACAAUUAAAGUGACCCUGUUCUCAUGAA